CGCCCGGAGUCUUUUACCACCCCCACGUUCCACUCUUCAUACGGAUUGCUCUGCCUAUCCGUCUCUAUUCCCCUUUCCCGACCGUCCCGUCAUUUGUUUAUCCGACCGUCACCAUGGGUCAGCACUCCGCUAUUUGGCAAGGAUAUGUCGAUUCCAGGUACCGUAUAACCUAACCAUGUUUACCCCGCUUCGGCCACUGCCGCCCCUCCAAGUUGGUAUCGGAAUUCUGACGCGAGGCCGUUCAGCUUGAUGGGAUCUGGUCAAUUUGACAAGGCCGGUAUUCUGAGCCACGACCUCUCCGGCCUUGAGGCUGGCUCUCCCGGCUUCACGAUCUCCCCUCAAGAACUCCAGGGCCUUGCCGCUGCUUUCAAGGACCCCAACUCUGCCUUCGGUACCGGUAUCACCGUUGGUGGAGAGAAGUUCGUCACCAUCAAGGCUGACGACCGCAGUCUGUACGGCAAGAAGGGCAAGGAGGGUAUCGUCGUCGUCAAGGCCGUCUCCUGCGUCAUGGUCGCCCACCACGCUGAGAACGCCCAGACCACGAAUGCCGCUACUGUGGUCGAGAACCUCGUUGACUACAUCAACAACCCCCGGUGAAUGGGUUUAAAAAGCAGAAUGAAAUUGUGUUUUGUCUCGCCUUGAGCAAGGGACAGUCGGUAAUACUGGUUAUUUAAAUGUAAAUCAUCAUGGUGGUCUCCUUUUCUCGAUUGUCUUUCUCUCUCCGGUAUUCUUCGCAUCAAUUGGCAUUUAUUACCACACGUAGAUUCCUAUCUGUACAUUAUGUGCUUACAAGUAAAGCCAUUUCAAC